UGAAAGAAGUGGAGUCCCUUUAUCUGGAGGAGCUUAAGACUUCAAUAAACCUCUUAAUGGCCAACCUAGAGAGUCUUCCUGUUUCAAAAUGUUCACAGGAAGGCAAAUAUGGGUUACAAAAACUCAGAAAGUACAAUCAUAGCAGGUCUCAGAGCUCGUUAAGUGGCCGCGAUAGUGACAGUAUGGACAACGAAGUGACGCUUUCCAAGAUGGAUGUUGUCCUGUCCUUUGCUCUUGAGCAGGUCUCAGAGCUCGUUAAGUGGCCGCGAUAGUGACAGUAUGGACAACGAAGUGACGCUUUCCAAGAUGGAUGUUGUCCUGUCCUUUGCUCUUGAGGUGCUGGUGAUGGAGGUGCGGGAGAUCAAACAUCUACCACCAAACAGAAUAUUUUACUGCACGAUGGAGGUGGAGGGUGGAGAAAAGCUUCAGACUGACCAAGCAGAGGCAUCAAAACCAAUGUGGGACACACAAGGGGAUUUCACAACAACACAUCCACUACCUGGUGUCAAAGUAAAGCUGUAUACAGAAUCAGCAUCUAUGCUUUCCCUAGAUGAUAAGGAACUAGGCAAGGUUGUUCUACAUCCCACAGCCAUGUCAUCCAAGGUACCUGAAUGGUACAAGAUGCAAGUUCCAAAAAAUUCACCUGAAAAUAAUCUUAGAAUUAAGAUUGCUGUCAGAAUGGAUAAACCACAAAACUUAAAACAUUGUGGCCAUCUGUAUGCUCUAGGGAAGAGUUGCUGGAAAAAGUGGAAGAAACGGUAUUUUUGUUUAGUACAAGUGUCCCAGUACACAUUUGCCAUGUGUAGCUACAGAGAGAAGAAAAGCGAACCCACGGAGAUGAUGCAGCUGGACGGGUAUACAGUGGACUACAUUGAGGCAGUGUCAGAUCUAGAAGGUGGUAGAUUUUUCUUCAAUGCUGUAAGAGAAGGAGAAUCAAUACUUUAUGCAACAGAAGAUGAAAAUGAGUCUCAUCAGUGGGUGACGGCACUAUACCGGGCCACAGGACAGGCCCACAAGCCCACCACUCCUGUUAUGCCUCAGGGGAAAAAUUCUACUUUAUCAAAAAUUCAAGGAGAUGCUGACAAGGCAAAGAAACAUGGAAUGGAUGAAUAUAUUGGUGCAGAUCCUGUCAGAUUUGAUCACCACAACCUUUUUAGAAUUCUACAAGGGCAAACACUAGAAUAUCGUCCUGUUGAUCCAUAUUGUUCUUUAGGAUGGUUCAGUCCUGGGCAGAUUUUUGUGUUAGAUGAGUACCAGGCUCGAUAUGGUGUGAGGGGAUGCUACCGACACUUGUGUUAUCUGGAGGAUCUCCUAGAUCGUGCUGAGAAGGGCCAGAUGAUUGACCCAACCCUAAUUCACUACUCCUUUGCCUUCUGUGCCUCCCAUGUACAUGGGAAUAGACCUGAUGGUGUGGGGUCCGUCCUGGCAGAAGAGAAGGAGCGCUUCCAACACAUCAAGGAGAGACUAAGAGUCUUACUUGAACACCAAAUUACAAAUUUUAUGUAUUGUUUCCCAUUUGGUCGACCAGAAGGUGCCCUUAAAGCCACAUUAUCUUUACUUGAACGGGUGUUGAUGAAGGAUAUAGUUACUCCAGUUCCACCUGAAGAAGUGAGAGGCAUGAUUAAGAAGUGCCUAGAAAAUGCUGCUCUCCUCAACUACACUCGUCUCUCAGCAGAAACCAGAAUUGAGGGUGGUGAAUCAACCCUUCAAGAGGAUCUAAGUGGUGAGAAUGCUGUGUCAGCUAGCAGGAAAUUGGAUGACCUAAUCCACCUGGCAGAGCUUUGUGUUGACCUCUUGCAGCAGAAUGAAGAGCACCAUGCUGAGGCAUUUGCAUGGUUCAGUGACCUUUUAGUGGAGCAUGCAGAGAUCUUCUGGUCCCUGUUUGCUGUGGACAUGGAUCAAGUAUUAGCAGAACAACCCCCUGAUACCUGGGACUCCUUCCCACUCUUCCAGAUACUAAAUGACUACCUAAGAACAGAUGAUAACCUAAAAAAUGGACGGUUUCAUCAACACCUCAGAGAAACAUUCGCUCCAAUGGUUGUUCGAUAUGUGGAUCUGAUGGAGUCUUCAAUAGCCCAGUCCAUCCACAAAGGCUUCGAGAAGGAACGGAAUGGGUGUGCAACCUCCGAGGAUCUAUUCUGGAAGUUAGAUGCCUUACAGUCUUUCAUUCGAGACCUUCAUUGGCCAGAUCAUGAUUUUGCCAAACACCUUGAACAAAGGUUAAAGUUGAUGGCAUGUGAUAUGAUUGAGUCCUGUAUCACAAGGACAGAUCAAGCCUUCCAACAGUGGCUGAAAAAGGGUACCGGCUUUGUCUCCACAGACUAUGUGCUCCCAUCUGAAAUGUGUGCCAUGGUCAAUGUUAUUCUUGAUGCCAAAAAUCAGUCUUUCAAACUGUGUGCAGUGGAUGGGGUAGAUGUGCAUUAGUAUCACACCAAAAUUGAUGACCUCAUUGAAAGAACCAGCACAUCCAUGACUCAAGGAAUGACAGACAAGCUGCUGUCAGUACUUGAAUCAGUUAUAUCCAAGCUGGGCAGAUACGACGAAGGCAGCUUCAUUGGGUCAAUACUGUCCUUUACGUAUCGUCAGAAUGUAAGUGGAUCAGGAAAGGAGUUGGGAAAGGCAUACAUCAACUUUGCCAGGAACUCUAUGGACCAGAUCAGACAAAAAGUUAAUGAUGAGCUCUGGAUUCUCAACCUGUUUGAGGUGCCCGUUCUGCCACAAGCGGGUUAGCCACGCCCAUCAUCUGCACUCCCACGAACGCUCCAUUCACGCCCACCAUUCCCCCGCACCCUCCGCGCCGCCCCCGCCCCCCACCCCCACCCAGACCUCGUGACCUGACUCCCCCACUUCUGAGGGCGUCACCCACCACCACCACCACCACCAUCAUAAUCACGAGAUGUUGCAGUCACCUAGAAAACGCCACCGCCACCACUAGCACCACCGCCACCACCAUCCUCACUACACGGUUCUCAAAACUGUAAACAAACUGUUAGCGCCUAAAACACACGCACACUUAGGGACUACGAGUGUAAAUAAUUAUUAUGAUAAUAUUUCUCAU